AUGCAAUACGACGCGCUCAACUCUAUGGACAUCGACGUUGGGUACCCGUCACCGGGUUAUGCGUGGCCGUCAUUCUUGGGCGCGCCUGUCGGAGUCGAAUCAGAAAAGCCUGCAUUUGAUCUGGAGCGCGAGGUCUGCUCCAACUUCACCUGCUGCGGUCUUAUUCUGCCCGACAUGCACGCGCUCGUCGACCAUUUCGAGGAGACACACGUAUUCGCUCCCAAGCCAGAGCAUACGCGCCUCUACGUUCUCCCUGAAGACCGUCCGCCCGCUCCUUUGCCUCGCCUUGUGAUCCCAUUCCCUCGCUUUCUGACCCCGCCACCUGCCGACCGCGUACCGGUAUCAUACGAUUCGCCGUCUUCGCCGCUGUGGUCGGAUGGUCUUCCCAGUCCUGUCAUACCGAGCGACUACCUACCCUCGUAUCUGGAGCAACCUCACGCCUCACCCUCAUCCUCGCACCCGCCCGCGUUCUUCAGCCCCAACGCGCCUCGCAAGCGGCCUUCAAAGUUGAAGGUCAGGGAGCGCGUGGACGAUCGCUCCAAGAGGCGAAGAUCAGGAUCUUCGCCUUCCAAGCGCGAGCGCGAGCGUGCACCUCGUCCGCGCGACCGCGGCCGUAUUCACGUUUGUCCCCAUCCGGAUUGCGUCAAGACGUACCUGAACCCGAACGGGCUCAAGUACCACGUCGAAAAAGGCACUUGUCAAGCUCAAGAUGGUAGCGCAAUCGAGCGCAUCGAAGUCUUGCAAUAUUCUGCAUGA